UGCCAAUUUCAUGGUUAUGAGACCAAUCAGGUAGUUCGAUGCGGAAAUGCAACAUCAAUAUUAAAUCCAAUAAGGAUCUUCGACAUGGUUAUGUACAACAAUACUUGAAGCUUCUACUGCGAAGAGUUCAUCCUGAUUUAUUUCAGAACCAUCCCAAAGAACAACUUCAAAAUAGUGCUUCUCUACAGGAUUUGUUACCAUUGGUCAACUACGAGAAGAACAAUGACAUAAGGACUAAGAAUUCGCAUCCCAACGAUGCUUUCAAGAACAAGCCUACGAAGUUGGUUUUUUAUUUCAAACCGAUGGGUGACCACUCCUCGAGCAAUCCAUCGGACUCACUUUCCUCUAAUCAAAGCCAACCUCAAUCGAUUGAACAUACAUUUCCUAUUCUAGAGACUAAAGUAUCUCUGCAAGAGUCAAAUGAGGACGCAAAGCGGAGAGUAUUGGAACAGGAAGUUAAGGCGUGGCAGAUGGUUCAAUCAUUUUUGGAGCUCUGUCGGAAGCUGGGUGUAACCGUAAAGGAGCCAGACCAGAAAGAUGUUGCCCGAUAUCUGGAUAUUUGUGUCCAGAAUGCAGAAGCAGAGGGUCAAUCAGCAAAAACGCAAGUUUUACAGAAACCAAUAUCAGAAGUUUUUCAAAGAGAACUUCAGUUUUCGUUUGCAGGGUCUUCUGGACGGGUAGGAUCAUCAUCGGUAGCAGCAGAAUCACUGCCUCUCGUAGGGACGAAUCCAGCGAUUGGAAGCGUUAGCCAGGUGCAACUGGAAAAGAUUGGUGGAUUGCUUCCUGCAAUUGAUACACAAGCUAUGAUUCAGUCGAACCCGCUCCUUUUCAAGAGUCCGGAAAUUUCCUCUGCGAAGCUUAGUAAACUCGUCCGCACGUGGAUUCAUUGGCAAAAGGAAGAUCUGGAUAGUGCAAGUUCUGACGGGAGUCACUUUCGACUCAGCGACUGGUGGAGAAAAGUGCCUCUCAUGGUACUAGGCUCUUCAAAAGAGCGCCAAGAAGCCUUGACGAAGGCACCAGCUGAAAGUAAUGGCAUGUUGAUUGUCGACUUGGAGAUGUCAAAACAAGAUAUGAAAGACUAUCUUGAGAGCAAUUUGAAAAAGAAAGAGCAAGAGUACAGGGAUUUGCUGCAGGCAGCAUCCCCUUCAGCUCCGUCAUCGUCAUCGUCAUCGUCAUCGUCAUCGUCAUCGUCAUUCCACUCUAAUAGACAGUCGCAUCCCCAGAAAUAUACCUCAGACACACCAAUUUCACCCAUACUAUCUCCCGAAGCAGUAUCGUAUCUUGAACGCAUGAGAUCCAGGGCGUUAUUGCAGCAAGCCAGAAUCCGACCAAUGGACAGUCGUAGUUCUGGGAAGCUCAAAAAUAAUCGUAGCAAAAGAUAGUAUAGGUGGAUGAAAGCUAGAGAAUAGAUGAAUAUGC